GAAAGAAGAGUUUUUUUGGGGGUCUGGACCUGUUUUAUCGACGCGAACGGAUUUACUGUUUCAACGCGAACGGAUUUUUGACUGUUUUCAACGCGAACGGAUUUACUCUUUCAAAGCCACGGGUCCUGCCUGCUCAACGCCACCGGGCUGCCGCUUCGACGCUACGGGAUCCAGUCACUGUGCCUACUGAAGCGUUUUGAGGGCGCGUUCCUACAACAAUCGGUUUGGGUUUCUUUUCCCCAGUGAACUGAGGGUUCAACGGUUUUGUGAGUACUGCCAGUGAGGGCUACAGUUGCAUAGAAAGAUUUUGAAUAAUGGUAGUUUUAUAGACUAGACUGAUCAUGAGUGACGUUUUAACCGGUUUUUAGAGACGAAAAAUAAUGAUCAGCUGGGGUAAUGUAAAGUCUUGCAUAUUGACUUUACUCAGGCGGCAACAAAUACAAGACCUCACCACUGAGGUGAAGUCAAAAACCUGCACAAGCAACGAGACCAAGAAGACCAACAUGGAUGAAGAAUGCUUCAUGCCAGGAUUGGCCUCAGCAGCCCGUGAGCCAGACGGAGGAUUAAAUAAAGAAAAUAAGUGAAUGAAGCUGUCUGAAAGCAGGGCAGGCCAAUGGCGCUUCAGGCUUUGCUUGUUGGUAAACAGAGCAUCGUACGCUUAACAUGAUCCGUUUGCAACGGAGGAAUGACUCAACAUUUACAUCUCCUUUCAUAUUUUAGUGCCAAAUCAAAAAGAUGUACUGGUCCUUGGACAUGCUGCCCUUGCCUCCUUAUGUUGAGCUUGGUGUCCACUCACUAAGCGGCCUUCUGUGGACUCUCCUGCUCUUGUUCCUGUGGCACUGUUAUCGGAUAGGCUCAGACCUUCCAAAGGCGGAUCACGCAGAUGGGGGAAAGAUGAGCUCAAGAAGCUCUGCAAUGUCUUUUGGUGGAAGCUGUGCAGGAACAGAGUAUAAAGCGCAGUCCAAGUUUUACAGGGGUGAUCUAAAGAACCGCUUUAUAAGCAUGGAAACAGAAGAGGAUGAGGAGCUGGGGCAAGGCUACCUCACAUCAGUGCUGAGCCAUGCCUUAUUCCCAGCACAGGGAUCCGCUCAGGCCAAGAAACUGUACUCAGCCCUGCAGGAAUAUGCCAAACGCUACAGCUGGGUGGGAAUGGGCCGCAUUCAUAAAGGCCUUCGUGAGCAGAUGAAACUUAAAGAUCAUUCAACUAUACAGAAGCCACAUCUCUUCUUCUUGCCAGAUGUCCCAAGUGUUCCUUUUUUUCCUCGUGAUGCCCAUCGGCAUGAUAUUAAUCUCUUGGAAGCCAACUACCCGGUAAUCUUGGCUGAGUUCCAGGCUGUUUACCAGAGAGGCAUUGACUCCAAAUUUGGCUGGACAAGUGUGGGACCAAAGGGCCGGGCAGUGUUUCCACUGUACAAUGCAGGCGUGUACGUGGCAGCCAACUGUCGCUCCUGUCCCUGCACAUACCGGACAUUGCUGUCUCUCCGUACAUUUAUAAGCAGCAACUCCUUGGGAUCGGCUGGAUUUUGGUUGCUGGGACCUGGUGUUGCACUGGGGAGCUCAUACGGACCCACUAAUACGCGACUGCGGUGUCAUCUAGGUCUGCAAACUCCCGCUCUGUGUGAGCUAGUGGUGGGAGGGGAGCCUCAGUGCUGGUCUGAGGGACACUGCCUGCUAGUGGAUGACUCAUUUCUUCACACUGUCUCGCACAAAGGGCCCCCAGAUGCUGGCCCUCGAGUCAUUCUCAGCGUGGACGUCUGGCAUCCGAAUGUUGCGGCAGCUGAGAGACAAGCGUUGGAUUUCAUGUUCAGUCCUGAUCUCUGAGCAAUUCAUCACUUUGAGCCGUGACUCCUGAAUCCACUCUGACCUCUGAACUCUCUGCCAGUUAUGCAACAUGUGGAGGUGCCUGUUGUUUUGUACAUUCCACCUUAGUCUAUGGCUCAUGGUGUGCAUUAGCCUUGAAAAUCAUGCUGGCCAUUUCCUGCACUUUUGACCGCUGAUGCACUCAUGGUGCGUACAUCAAAAUAUUAUUAUAGAUGAACUUUGGUUGCCGUAACUACACUUAUAAAAAUACCUCAUCUAACUUCCGAGCAGAGGAGUUAUUUUUCAGUCCUCACGUUACAUAAUAUUCUCAUAAAGGUAUUUGCAUGUAAAACUUUGAAUGCCAUGCUUAAUGUUGGUACAUGUGUCACUUACAACAUCAGAACCUGAGAUAGUAUAAUAAAGCCAACGUAUUGUGAAAAAUAUCGAAUAAAACCUAAAUACCACCUUUUUUUUGUUUGUUUGCAUGUUUGCAUAUACAACAGUGUAUUUGAAUCCCAGUGGAUAACAGAUGCUUACUUUGUCAGCUGCAGAGGUGUUGUGUGUGCACAGAACAUACAGGCUCAUUUUCUGAGCCGCUUCUCCUCACUAGGGACGCGGGCGUGCUGGAGCCUAUCCCAGCUGUCAUCGGGCAGGAGGCGGGGUACACCCUGAACUGGUUGCCAGCCAAUCGCAGGGCACAUAUAAACAAACAACCAGUUGCACUCACAUUCACACCUAUGGACAAUUUAGAGUUGUCAAUUAACCUUCCAUGCAUGUUUUUGGGAUGUGGGAGGAAACCGGAGUGCCCGGAGAAAACCCACGCAGGCACGGGGAGAACAUGCAAACCCCACACAGGCGGGGCCGGGGACCGAACCCCGGUCCUCAGAACUGUGAGGCGGACGCUCGAACCAGUCGGCCACCGUGCCGCCGGUCAUAGAACUAUAAAUUCAAAAUUUCUUCCCCAUUCGCACUUUUCCACUACACAUUACUGACUCUACUCUCCUACUUUCCGAGAUUUGGGCCAUUCGGUUUUCGACUUGAAUUAUUUCAAUUACCACUAUUACUUCCUUGCCAGUCAAGAGGAGCUUGAAGUCGAAGUAUACUGUAUUUCCUAUGGCAUUUUAUUUUUGUUACUCGUUUGGAUUCAAAUAACCAAUCAUCAUCAAUGAGACAUUAUCAUUAUCAGUUUGAAUCAACAAGAGAUUUGAAGAGUUUUAAAAAAUGUAUGUAUGCUUCUGGUAGAGUAUAAUAUUUGGGAGUUUGAUUAUAUAUUUAGAUACCUGACAAAGUUUAAAAUGAUAGUCGUGAAACACUAAUCUUCUUCAGCACAUUUUUGGUUACAUUUUACAGGCAGUCAAUGAGAAUUAGUGAGGUGAUUUUGUCUUAUCUGCCAUCUGUUCAUGUGAGGGUCCCAGUAUGAGGAUUACACAGGCAGAUCUAAUCUAGCUCAGAGUGACAGAUUAUUCCUGAGAUACUUUAUAUGAUGUUGGUAUUACUGUUUAUGAUGUAUGGUUUUGUUCAAUAGAUCACAUUUCUUUAGGAAAUGAAGAGACAUAGCAAU